AUGGCUAAUAUGACUGCGCGGCUUAACAAGGAGCGAGAAAGACUUUUUACAGAGCCAGUUGAAGGGAUCAGGGUAGCUGUAGAUGACUCGAACAUGAGAUAUUUCUAUGCUAUUAUUGAAGGUCCGAAAGACAGUCCAUACGAGGGUGGGUUUUUCAAACUUCAGCUCUUUCUGUCUGAACAGUAUCCUCAUUCACCGCCUAAGUGUCUUUUCAUGACCAAAGUCUACCAUCCAAAUAUUGACAAAAUUGGUCGUAUAUGUUUGGAUAUUUUGAAAACAAAAUGGAGCCCCGCUCAACAAGUUAGAACUGUUUUACUAUCUAUUCAAGCUCUUCUGGGGUCCCCUAAUCCAGACGACCCUCUUGACAAUGAUGUGGCAGCUGAAUGGAAGACAAAUGAAGCUAAAGCGGUUGAAACUGCUCGUGAAUGGACUCGAUUGUAUGCUACUGAAAAGCAUCUGGGCGACGUUUCUAACUUCGAAACACAAAGGUUACAAACGGAACCGAUAGAUGGAAUACAGGUAGAAAUUGAUGAAACAAACGCUCGCUUUUUUCAUGUAAUUGUCAACGGGCCAAAAGAUUGUCCAUAUGAAGGUGGUCGCUUUAAAUUGCAACUAUUCCUUCCUGAGGAAUACCCAAUGACGGCACCCAAAUGUCUUUUUUUAACAAAAAUAUACCAUCCAAAUAUAGAUAACGUCGGUCGUAUAUGCUUAGACAUUUUAAAGGAAAAAUGGAGUCCUGCUUUACAGAUUCGCACUGUGCUGUUGUCGAUUCAGGCUCUUCUCAGUGCACCCAAUCCCGAUGACCCACUUGCAAAUGAUGUCGCUAGUCAGUGGAAGUCUGAUGAAGCUCAAGCUAUCAGAAUAGGUAAUUCAUUAUUUUAUGCACUUUAUGAUCUAUUUGUGUGCUCUUUUCGAGAUUAUUUUUUGUAA